AUGCGGGGGGUCAAAGCCGCUGCCGCCGGGGGUUCCAGCGGCAGCCGCGAUGGGACCAAAAAAAAUCGAAAGCAAACGCGCCCUCGCGGGGCGGUAGCCGGGCGUGUGGCGAAUAACGGGGCGCCACCAGGCUGCGUCCCUGCACGGCCGCCGCCGCAUGGGCCAAAAGCGGACGACACUGCGACACCUUCGGCGCGGGUUGGCGUGCCGCAGCAGCGUGUGAGGAGCAUCGAGGGGGAGUCCAGUGUGGCCUCCCCUGUGAUGGGGACAACCACCAGCAGCGCGGCCGGUUCGAGGAGUUGUGCGGUGAUUGCGGAUCCCUGGGUGAUUUUGCAACCCCCACAGCCCCCAACUCUCCUCGGUUGGGCUGCUCGACGGGAAGCCACGAGCAAGGGCCAUAGCGCGCAAGGCAUUGCAAGGCUCUUCUCGCCACGCACGGCCACAGAUAGCAAGGUUGCAACGCCAAGCAUUACAAACACGUGCCAGCUCGCACACGAGUUCUACACACAAGACACCGUUGGGAGCGAGGGAUGCGCUGGCAGUUGCAGCGGGCAAAAUGCGCAGCGCUUGGAGAUGCGCUUCGCCUCCCCGUCGGAGAAGAGACGCGAUUUUACACGCCCAACAGAUCCUGGCGCAGAAACAGCGUGGCGUUUAGAGGAGGAGCACCAUCGGCGUUUUCGUCUGGCCCUCUACAGGCUGCAACAGAUGCGCCCCGACCCCUGGUGGCGGCUGCAGUCUUCGCUCUACUACGACGCGGAGAUGCCGGAGGUGUUGACCUGCGACGAGGACCUCUUCUUUUCCCGGGUGGCGAGGGAGGUGCGGGAUGCGGGUGUCACGUGGCUUUCCUUGAACGGUGCCACGCUGUAA